CUGUUCGGCCGCGCCGCAGGGAGCGCGCGUACGGAGGCCCACGAGGCUCCUGUGGUCCAGCGCUGCUGUGAGCUCCCGUGGGCUGAGCUCGUUAUAAAAUCAAGAGGCCUUGCAAAUCUGAUGGCAUGGCUUUAAUUACUUUGAGGAGGAACCUUUGUCAUUUAUCUGAUUUUCGGAUACAUGGAGCUCUGGCUGCUCUGAAAAGUCAACCUGUAAAUCACGUUCACAAGGCAGUCAGAGAGCGUCUGCGUCCGUGGUUCUCUUCACUGCAACCUGAGCCUUUCAGGGUCAGGUUCCAUCAUGCCUGCUGUAAAAAGUUCCAUUCAGAAAAUGGAAAUGACCUUCAUCCAGUUGGUGAGCCAGUGUUCUCUCAAGUACAUGAUUUGGACAGUUUUGAACAAAAUCUUAAAAACAUGGACGAAGAGAUAUUUUACAGCAGACUAAACAGCUUCACUUCAUCAGAGGAAGUGCUAAGUUUUAUAAACACACUGCAGACUUUGCCUGAUACAAUGGCGGCAGCAGCCUUACAACGGAUUUGUGAAAUGGGAAAAAAAGAUGGUGAGCAAGGGCUGCCAAAGGAAAUACUGGAGAAUCACGUCUUUCAAGCUCUAUGUGUUCCAUUUGAGCAGGAACCCUCAAAUCUGUCAAACACUGCUUUGGUGACUGCUUUGCAAGCCCUGACUCUGUUGGAUGUGGAUCCCCAAAGUGACUUGUUAUUGAACCUGGUGGCAGAAUGCCAGCAUCGUCUCCAAAGGGGUGGCCUGGAAGUCCAUGGUCUUUGUGUUCUUGGAGAAAGUCUGAUUAAAUUGCAAGGUCCAGGUUGUGCGACACUAGACUUGGUUAUAUAUCAACUGCAAGGUGAAAAAUUGGAAAACUUCCACCCUGAGGAUAUCGUGGCCCUUUAUAGGAUACUGCAGGCAUGUACUGAAAAAGCGGACCAACACCAGACAUUUCUUAAUAAGAUAAACAACUUUUCCCUGUCAAUAGUUUCCAACCUGAGUCCUAAGUUGAUAAGCCAAAUUCUCACUGCCUUAGUGGCUCUUGAUCAAACUCAGGCACUUCCUCUGGUUAUAAAAUUGGGAAAAUAUGUUGUGAGGCAUAUCCCUCGUUUCACCAACGAAGAGCUCAGGAAGGUCUUAGAGGCUUUCAUAUACUUUGGGCACAACGACAGGUUUCUCACAACAGCCCUGGAGCAGCAUGUAGCUUCUCUCUGUCUCACCCUGGACCCCGAGGUUGUCAGCACUGUCACAGAGUACUGCAGCAGAAAACAGAUUCUUUCAGAACCCAUCCUGAAUGCAGUGGCGGAAACUUUUGUUUGCCAAUCAGAAAAACUUUCACCUAGUCAGAUUGCGGAGUUGAUCGAAGCAUUUGGAAAACUCAAUUAUUUGCCACCAAAUGCCUCUGAUUUAUUUAGAAAGCUAGAAGAUACAUUAUUCACUCAUUUUAAUUCCUUUCCUCCCAAAACACUAUUGAAACUUCUCCAUUCGUGUUCGCUUAUUGAACACCAUCCUGUCAACUUUAUGGCAAAACUGUACAGCCCUUAUUUUCUUCAACGGCUCCUAGGUGAAGAAUCACAUUUGGACAGACUGAGCCUAGCACAACUGACCCAACUUUUCUUAACCUCCAUCCUCGAAUGUCCUUUCUAUAAGGGUCCAAAACUUCUUCCUAAAUAUCAAGUGAAGUCAUUUCUUACUCCGUGCUGUUCCCUGGAGACGCCUGUGGAUUUCCAGCUUUAUAAGUCUGUGAUGAGUGGACUGAUUGACUUUUUAGGAGGAAGACAGUAUUUUGCUUCCAAAGUGUUAACGCCGUAUUGCUACACAAUAGAUGUUGAAAUUAAAUUAGAUGAAGAAGGAUUUGUAUUACCAUUUACAGUUAAUGAAGAUGUACAUAAAAGGGUAGCCCUGUGUAUUGAUGGUCCGAAAAGAUUUUGUUUGAAUAGUAAACACUUACUGGGAAAGGAAGCCAUCAAGCAAAGGCAGCUACGCGUACUGGGUUAUGAGGUUGUUCAGGUACGGUGUCAUCCUCUUUUUUCCCCCCCAAACAACAGUUCAGAUUUCCUUUUUCCAGGGCACUAAGUGGUUGGCCAGCCCAAAGGACCAAGAAUUUAAAUGCCAACUUUGUUAAUUAGGCCUAAACCCCUUGAUUCAUACUUUGAAACACAGAACUUUCAAACCUUCGGUUUUCCAAAAGUGGGGAAUCCCUAUGUUCCCCGUAAGCUCUGCUUACCAGUGUUUGGAUUACUGAAUUAUUGGAAUGUCUGCUGUGUGUUAAUUUCCCCGAUUUAACAAAUAAAAAAGGACAAGAUAGCCUAUUAAAACCAGGAUCUUCAUCAAACACAUGUUUAAUACCUUAUCUGACUUUACAUCGGAAAUCACGUAAGAUCUUCUAUGAGGAGCCCAGGGGGUGCCCAUGGAGCUUCCCCAGUUCCCAGGCCGUCUGCCCUCUGCUUUCCUGUCUGGGUACUUUUCCAUUCCAUUGGCACAGCCCCAGAUUAAUUUUCCAGAACCAAUCGUGCCAGCGUGGGCUCAGCCUUCACUGCACUGCUUACAGGACCAAGUCAAAGCUCCUUUGCAUCUCUCCAUCCCAGGCCCUUGCUCUGAGCCCAGUGGCCACUUUCCGCCCUCGCCCCCUCCGUCCCCUGCAUUCCCUCGCCUUUCUCCUGUGCCCAGCUGCUUCCACCACCAUGCUGGUCUCCAGCACCCCGAGUAGCUCACCUCUGCUCAUUCACCAGCUCCCCACUCAAGGUCACCUUUUACUCCAAUCUGACAAUACCAGAGCACCGAUUUUCUUUGCACGCUCUGCUUUGCAUGUACUGAGCCCCUGCUAUGUGCCAGGCGCUGCUGUAGGCACUGGGCCCACGGGAUGAGAAAGCUGGCAUGAUCCUUGCCCUCCAGGAGCUUACCUUCUGCCAUGGCAGAGGGCGUGAGAGAUAAGUAACCAAAAGCCCAAGGGAAAUUCAGACUAUGGGCUAUGAAGAAGUAUGACGAAUUUUAUUUUCCUCCCUUUACAGCUCCCUUAUUACGAGAUUGAGAUGCUAAAAUCAAGACUUGAAUUGGUAGAAUAUUUACAAAGAAAACUAUUUUCUCAAAACACUGGCAUUUGUUGGUAACAAGAAGGAAUACUGGCCUCAGGACUCAUAAUGAAAGAAAUUGUGUUUUCAUGGACUCAGUAUAGGAAAAAGAAUGUAUUUUGUGAAUCAGCUAUUUGUUAAUGGACUGGUGGUCUGGAAAGGGGCUGGAGUUUACCUUAUACCAUGCAUAUAAUUAUCG